AUGGACCAUUUACCCUUGCCCAUGGAUGAUUUUACCCACGCUCCGUUGGAGGUGCCAUAUCUGUGUAACGACCGAUUUCGCUAUGACGACCACGGCUUCUUGACAUACCCUCAGCGGGCGGGUCUAGAUCUUGAGAAGAUCAUAGAAAGAGGCCUUGUAGAUGUCGAUACUCUUGCACCUGCAUUGCAAGCAUGGCUCUGGUUUGGUCUUGUGGGAGAGAUUCUCGGCAUCGGCUCCAGGACACAUGCCACACAGCGCAUAGCGAAUUACCGCGUCUUUGUGACUGAAAAUCCCGAAGGAUCCAACGUGAUUUCCACGACGAUUUUGCCCCGCCUCAUCAAAAAGGCUGGUGAGAGAAACAAGUCGCUGCGUUCGGAUGGCUUCUAUAGCCAAAGAUAUUACGCUUGUUUGCGGGUGGCAACAAACUCGAUCAACCGCCUUCUAUCUAGUGAGAUGUGUCGCAAGUAUCUCAAAUGGGGCCAUCAAUCUGCUCAUCUCCCGGUCUUGUUCCGAGUUAUUCUCUCUAUCCAGAUUCUUAUAGAGUCCCUUCAGGCGGCUGAAUCCGUUCUCCUUCCUGAGAGCUGGCAUUCACUCUCCCCGCCGACAAUGGAAUGCUCAAGCCAUGAAUUGGUCGACAGAUUAUUGAUUGAAGCGGGUUGGUGCCAGUAUGAGGCUGGCAGGCUCCCUGGUUCAAUACGAUUACGGUAUUACCUUGGCUUCCUGCACCCCCGCGAUUCCGAUCCCGCACAAAGCUCUGGGAGACACUUAUCUUGCACCAGAGAUGCCUGCAUCCAGGCUCCUCAAAGCAUACAUGACCAAAAGAUGAAGCCUAAUCAUGUUACGAAAGACUGCAAGUGUUGUAUGGAGACGAUACGGGAUCUUCCCCUUGCGGAGCUUAUCAAAGCAGGAGGGAAUCCACUGCUGAGAUUUGCUCAGGUGGAUGGCACUGCGCGGAAACUAGAGCUACUCGAGACCAAUGGGAAGAACAAAAUCCCUUUUGUCGCAAUCAGCCAUGUUCGCCACGCUGGACUUGGUAACGAUUAUGCUCACUCACUGCCCUACUGCCAACUUUCACGCAUUCAAACGGUUGUGGACCAAAUCCACCCUCACUCUGGCGAUGUCACAGCUUCAACGCCGUUUUGGUUGGAUACCAUGUGCAUACCACUGGACGACCGAGUCCAUACAACCUCUCUCAAGCGCAUUCGCGAAAUAUUCAAGUACGCUUCGCGUGUUCUUGUCAUUGACCAGGCUCUCUGCUCUCACGCCAUUGGCUCGCCCGAAGAUGCUCUGAUACAGAUUCGAUACUCACUUUGGAAACGUCGGCUAUGGACUUUGCAGGAAGGCUUUGUGGUUUCUGCCUCGAAUCUGAUAUUCUGUUUUGCAAACGCCCUCUUUUCACUCCGCGACCUCGUCGAUCGCUACGAAGACAAGCUAGCAGUGCCAUUCCCACUGUUGAAGAGCGCGCGGUUUGUCGGAUUCCGUGUGCUUCCUCAUCUACAAACAACGCUUGACGUGUUGGAUGACGAUAUCAAGAGACUAGCGGAAAUGCCGCAAUCUCUUGUAGGUCACCUUGAGAAGAUGAAGCUACGGCGGAUAUUGCGCUUGGGGUAUCUAGCGUCCGACGAUUUCAUGUAUUUCCGAGAGGAUUUGGAGACGCAGCAGAUACAAAAGCUUCUUUCACUGCUAGGCGAUUUGUACUUGGAUGCAAACAAUUCGCCCAUUGUCCCUGGCUCUCGUUCUGUGAACGAGGUUGCAUCUUGCUGCGAGGCCUUGUAUAGACUUGAUAUCUGA